AGUCAAAAAUCCGCUCAUCCGCCCACUGGACGAAACAUCCUUUCCUUUUAUCUUCGCAUAGAGCCACUCACACGUUUGCAGCCACCCAACGAUUCAACGAUUCAGAACCAACUUCGCUGUCUCAUGAUGUUACUUUUUUGUGUUUCUUUCCGAUGGACGGACAAUCUUCGACCUUUCGAGCCGACUCGUCAACCAGAAAAAAAAAGGCACCCAAUUUUCUUCAUGUAUAUUAUCCUACAUAUCUCAUCUCUUCAAGUUCGAGAGGUAGUGCGACGGAGAAGAGACGUACCAAGAUCUUUUCGUCUUCGCUCUGUUGCAUUACCCCCCACUUCAUCAAACAAUCUUUUUUUGGUUUCCCUUCGUGCGGUUUCUGCUGUUAUUCUCGUUUAUCGGAUCCGUUCUCCCUAUUCUUCUUUUUUUCAAAAAGCAAGCACUUGGGAUCUUUUUUGUCUCUUGUUUGUUGGGGCGCUACCACACCAUGACUCUCACAAACUUUUCUUCAACACUUUCUGGAAACCUACACGCUUGUUCUUCCUUCCGCCACUUCCUGUCGAGUUCUUCACAUGUCAUUUUCGGAUUCGACUGGUUCGUACGGUUUCCUAUCACCUGUCCUCGCAUUUCCUUCGUAGCACUUUCCACUUUUUUUUUCUUGGAGGGAUGGGAUCUCUUGUUAACGUUUUUUUUUUGGCGUGUGGCUCGCCAGGAUUACCAAUACAUUCUUCUUGACUGGCAUAAGCUGUGGCUACGGCUUUUUUUCCCUCUGGAGUUGCACAUGUAUGGAUUCUUCUUCUUUUUCUUGCCCAGAAUUUUUUAUUGUGCAAUUUUUGUUCGAAUGAUCACAUACAGUAAUUUUGUUGCGCGUAACUGGUGUAGAUUUUCUACACGUGGAAGGGGGGCCAUCAUGGGUGGAAGUCCGUGACCAAAGCCACAUUACUCAUGGCACAAAGGCGUGGCGCGGGCUAGCUACUCAUCGUAAUUGGUUAGCGGC